AAUGAAAUAUUUGUUGUAUAUAAGAGGGAACGUUGCAAAAUGCUAUCAUAAUCUAACCUUCUAAUCAUAAGACUUGGAAGGGAAACGACUUACACUUAAUCGUAAGUACGAAAAAGCAAAUUAAGAGGUUUUCUACUUUAAAACUAUGCGCAGACACGGCGGCCGUCACGGCGGAGGAUUUGGAGGCCCUGGAGGCGGCUUCGGAGGCCCUGGAGGCGGAUAUGGCGGACCAGGCGGCGGACCAGGCGGCGGAUACGGCGGCUAUGGUGGACAAGGAGGAUACGGAAGACCCGGCGGCGGUUACGGACGGCCUAUGGGUGGUGGUCCCAUGAUGGGCGGAGGGGGCCUUUGUGGCCCCAGAUGCGGUCCUUGCUGUUCAAUCAUGUAAGCCUACGCGCCUAUGAACUUUAAAAAGUAUAAUGUUGUUCGCUACGAUUUAUUUAAUGACAUAAUGAAUGAGCUUUUCUGCGCUUAAGGUAAUGCAUAAAAUAAAUUAGUUCUGUAGAGUCUGGGUUCGCUAAGGUUGCAAAAAUGUACCACAGCGAGCAGUAAUAUUACCCUGAAAGACCAGUAUUAUGGCAAGUUGAAUUUAUGCGUUGGCAGUGA